AUGCAACCUUCCUUGCGCGGCCGACCCAUUUUACCCACAACUCACCCGCCCCACCCGGUAACCCGCUCCAAACCCACUAAUUACCCGGAUCCGACCCUUGAAUCGACCCGAAAUUCCGACCCAUACCCGAAUCAUUUAAGACCCAACCUUAUACCCCCUUUAACCCGUCGGACCCCUCUUCCCUAUCCCCCUUGUGCCUCCCGUCAGCGACUAUACCCCACCGAACACACCCUCCGCCACCUACCAUUCUCCGGCCGCCGUCUGUCGCCGCCGCUCGUUUUGACCAAAAUUUUCAAAAUUUUUGUUUCUCACCGGAGAUUCAAAAGAUUCAAUCUUUCGGGUCAAAUUCAAGCUUGGGGUGCGAUUUUAGCGAAUUUCUUUUUGGGUUUCAACACACGAAUUUGCCCUCACCCGGAUGGAAUUACUGAUGCCUCAUCCUACCCGCAUAACCAUUUUUCUUGGCUCAAUCAUGUCAAGGAGCCAGUUUACAUCUUGCCUAAUCCUAGCAUCUCCGCCUUUUCCACCAACGAGCCUGAAUCUUGGUUCUUGCCUGAAGAGUUACACGAUGAUGAUGAUGAAAUGCAAGUCGAUGAUUCCAAUGCUGGUAGUCCAUUUGAGGCCGAAGACCAUCAUGACCUCCCGAUCCGACAAUUGCCACCACCUUAUGCUCAACCCUCGGGAUCACACUUUCAGCCGCAACAAGAAUACCACUCCUAUCAGCAACACAAUGAGCCCGAUCCCGAGCACGAAUUUCCUCUUGAUAUCUACAGUCAGCUCGCCUCACUACGCCUCCAGGGCAACCGGAACACAGCAGCCAUUCGCCACAUCGAGGAGCAGCAAGCCCGCGCCAACAACUACAUGGAGGAUCUUUGGUCUCAUUUUCGGCCCGACGACGGUUACCCCCCUCGUGGGCCUCCUCCACCUUGA